CGACAACAACCAACACUUGGUCACGCAUUUCGAGCCCGACGCUCUAAGCGAACGCUGUACGGCGCUGCAUCGUCAAGUCUUCAUUUUCUUGAGCGCGCAAUAUAGAAUCAACCGAAAUCCCCAGGAAUAUGCCUCCCCAAUCUCGGCCGACCUUCGGCACUCUUGUUGGCACAUACUUCAAACAUAGAAACCGAGACUACCUCGCUCGUCUUUUGCAGAUCUGGAGUCCAGCCAUGGACGAAGAGGAGGGUACUGCUCUAAUAGGCAGCGCACUCCACCGUGCCAUCUUCAUUGGAGACGAAACCGCGGUUCGAAUGAUUCUCGACGCCGGGGUGAGCCCAACAGUGCAGGACAGCCAGCUCUACAGCCCUCUCGCAACGGCGGCUGAGGCUGGCCAGCGCGACAUUACUCGCUUGCUCUGGGAACUCGUCGGGCCCGACGGGCGGGCCGCCCCCCUUCGGUCGCCCAACUGUCUUGUAGUGGCUGCUGAGAAGGGCCACACAGACCUGGUCGCCGACUUUCUCGACAUGUGGGACGGGUGGCCUAUGGAUGAGAAACGCCAGGCACUAUACAGUGCUACAGGUGCCUGGCGGGAUGGCGUCGUCAGCGUAUUGCUGCCCAAAGUUGCCUACGAAGCCGACACCAUCCAGCACGCCCUCGAAGUAGGCGUCACCCAACAACCGAUUCUGUCAGUCGCCAGGUGGGGUUCCUUCGUACCUAUCACUAAAGACGAGGAAGAUCUCCGGCAGCAGCGCGUGGUAUGUCACCUCAUUGAUGCCGGCGCGAAUCUAGAUGUGCUCGCCAGCGGCGGCAGAAUCCCAUUGAUUCAUGCCGCGGCCGAGUGGCGCCAUCGACUCGGUGCUCUCAGGGGGCUCCUCGAGAAGGGAGCGGAUGCCAACGUACGCGACGGACACGGCAAAACGGCGCUGCAUAGGCUCUUUCAGAGACAUUCUUCCUCGUCCGCGGACGCUCUACGCAUUCUCUUGCAACACGGCGCAUCCCCCGAGCUAGCAGACAAGGCAGGGGAAACCGGACUGCACGCCGCCGCGCACACGGGAACGCUCGAGCAGUUCCAGCUCUGCCUCGCGGCCUGUGGAGACGAGGACGCGGCCCUGCGCCUCCACAACUCGUACGACGAGUCCCUCCUCCACUACGCCGCCGCCGGCGGGAGGGAAGACACGGUCAGGUUCCUGCUGAGCCGCGGCCUGGACGCUAACGCGGCCAACGCCAACGGAUGGACGCCGCUCAUCUGCGCCCUCAUGCCGGCCAAAGUCAGGCAGUGCUACCCUCAGUGCUCCCUGGCCAGCCUCCUCCUCGAGCACGGCGCCAGCGCGCAGGCGGUGACGGAGGAGGGCUGGACCGCGCUACAUGCGCUAGCGUCGUACCCCAGCGGAUACCUGGGCCUGCCGUUCGACAACUGGGACGACGUCACGCCGCUGGUCCGGGAACUCAUCGCGCACGGCGCCCCGCUUGAUGCCAAGGUGAGCUCGCUCCGGAACCCUGCAGUCUCAUACAAAAUGUUCGUCUCUCCCAACCCCGACGCGUGGGGGGUCCGGAUGCGAUCGUUCGCUCGGAACUGGGGAGGCGCCGCAUCGUGCUCCUCGGCUGCCGUCAAAACUUUGGGGAAUGGUGGUGAGGGCGCAGGCACGACACCGCAGAUGUGGGCUCAGCGGAACGGCGCGAACGAGGUGGUCAAGGCGAUCCUGGAGCACCAGGCCGAAGCGGCCGGCGAGGCAGAGAGCUGAGGGGAACGCAAGUAUAUUUCCGACUGCCAGAACCAAGCCCCUUUCCGGCAACCAUAUUCAAACACACACAUAUAUAUAUAUUGUCCUAUCACGCUUUGUACUAUGUACAUGCGGACCCUCAUCGAAGUAUAUACAGUAGGGAAAACCUUAGCUAAAGCCUAGAUAAAAGCCCCCGC